AUGCUUGGGAGACAGACACGAUCAAUGCCUCCGACGUUCUUUGUGUCCCCAAAAUUUGGGGGUAACCCAGAGCUCAAAGUUGCUAAAAUCAACAAGUGUGAGACGAGGCAUAUCAAGGAGCUCAUUUCUUCUGAGAAGUUAGCAAAAUAUGGGUUUAACCCACCUGAGUUUGAGGAGCUUCUACCUUCCCUUGUUGUUGAAGGCAGUAAUCCUACCACUAAAGUUCAAGGUGAUCCUAUAGGUAUAGGUGAUUAA